AGAUGUUUGCAAGAUAUGCAACGAGACAAACAGUCGAAACAUUCUAUUUAUUGGGCCUUUCGUAUUGAUGAGGUAUUUCAUGAGAUGUCCCAGGAUAAGGUGUAUUGCGCUUCUGCGAAAGAUCUCGUAGAAAAAGCUUUGGACGGCGUAAAUUGCGUACUAAUCAGCUAUGGACAAACAGGAUCCGGAAAAAGUUUCACGAUUAGUGGUCUCAGAAAUAAUUGGGAGCAUAGAGGAAUAGUCCCACGACUUUUAUCCGACAUGCUUACGGAAAAGGCGAACCGAAGAAAAAUCAGCGACAUACGUUAUCGCUUAAGUUUCAUCGAGCUGAGAGGUAAAAACGUAAUCGAUCUUCUGUCUAAAAGACGAAAGAUUUUUAAUGUCAACGAACGCGGCGUCUUUAAGAUACAUAUCGUAGAGAUGGCUGGAACUGGUACGGUGGGAAAAUCAAGUUGCUGGAAAACAGCAGCCGAUUUAGGUAUGGCGAAUUUAAUGAAAAUACAGCUGGAACAAUAUUUUCUACAUGUUAGAAAACCAAGUAUGUGCACAUAUAGCGUUAUUCGCUCAAGUAAUUUAUUGAAGCUACUGAAAGAUGCUUUCACUGUCACAUCCAUUAUUCGCUUCAUAUCUCACGUGCGCAUUACGAGAGAAGAUCUCGAAGGUACUUUAUCGACUAUGCGAUUGACUGCUAAAAUCGCAAAAUUGAAACCGAUCAAAACGAUACGCCACAUCCGGCCGGGAUCAGAAUUGAUCGUUCAGCAAUUACAGGAGCAAGUAAACACAUUGAAGAAGGAAUUAGAGUUAAAUGAUAUGUUUUUACAUCAAGAGGCACUACCGAAUAUCUCAAAAUCUAGACUCGAGCAGAUCAGCCGAGACGUCAUAAACUUUUUGCAGGGUUUCAUUUCGGAAUUAACACUUUUCAAUGUUACCCAGGCGCGAGUAUUGGUAAACGUCGUCAAACAAUUAUACGACAAGUUCGUUUUCUUAAUAUUUUGCAUAUUUGAUUAG